CGGUAUCUUUUUCCAUGGUCACAACUCACAAGCCAUCGUUCCCUUGGCUGGACGCAGAUUUGCUCUGUAGCGCUUCCGCUUCACCAGUUCACCUGCAGAUUGCAGACCCUGCAGUACUCUGCUCGGCCCCAGCCGACCCAAUGGCGCAGGCCGCUGCCUCAUUCCUCUCCUCGCUCCUCGGCGGCGCCGGGGGCCCGGCGGCCACGGUGACGUCCAUCUUCGUGUACCCAAUCAAGUCCUGCAGGGGCAUCUCCGUGCCCCAGGCCCCCAUCACCGCCACCGGGUUCCGGUGGGAUCGGCAGUGGAUGCUGGUGAACUCCAAUGGGCGAGGCAUUACCCAGAGGGUGGAGCCCAAGCUCGCGCUCAUCCAGGUGGAGCUGCCGCCGGAGGCCUUCGCCGAGGACUGGCUCCCCACGCCCGACGACCACAUGGUUAUCAGAGCACCAGGAAUGGAACCAUUGAAGAUCCCUCUUGCUUCAGAAUGCGCCACAAUCUAUGAUGUCUCUGUGUGGGAGUGGUCUGGCUCCGCUUAUGAUGAAGGUGCUGAAGCAGCUGAAUGGUUUUCCAAUUUCUUUGGGAACCCAACUCGACUCGUGCGCUUUAAAGAAGAGUCGGAAACUAGACUGACUGACCCCGACUAUGCACGAGGUUACAAAACCAUGUUUUCUGAUGGCUACCCUUUUCUGAUAACCUCUCAGGGAUCACUGGAUGCACUAAAUGAGAUACUUGAAGAGCCCAUACCAAUUAACCGCUUCAGACCAAAUAUUUUAGUGGAGGGAUGCCACCCAUACGCAGAGGAUCUGUGGAAAACAAUAAAGAUAAACAAGCUAACGUUUCGAGGUGUGAAGUUAUGCGGCCGUUGCAAGGUGCCUACAAUUAAUCAAGACACUGGAAUACCUAGCCCUACCGAACCAACUGAAACUUUGCAGAAAUAUCGGUCUGGUGAAGUGCUGCUUCCAAGCCACAAAAAUAAACGGCAGGUGUACUUUGGGCAAAAUGCAGUCUGCAAGGAAUCUCUGUCAGCAAACAGCGAAGGAAGGAUCAUCAAGGUUGGCGAUCCAGUUUAUGUCAUGCGGUCAUUCCGUUCGUCUGAUGAAGUGCCAGCUUGAGUGACUGAAUCAGGGCUAUGUAACAGCCACUCCUCCUUUGUUGCGUGUACAUAAUACCACUAGCUGUACCUGUAUAUACCAACACGGAUCAUAGUGAAGCAUGUCUGACAAAAGUUCGGGCAUGCUGGUUGCCCAAAGAAAUUCAGAUACUCUGUUGAACCCAUUCAAAGGAUUUAAAACCUUUUUUUAAGCCAUUUAAAACCUUUU